AUGGCCGCGGCGAAUCACUUCGACCGGGAUGAUGUUGCGCUGCCUGGCUUCCACAAGUUCUUCUCUAAGGCUUCGGAAGAGGAAAGAGAGCACGCGAUUAAGGUAUUCCGCCUCUUCCACUUACUCGGUAAAAGCUUAUGAAAUACCAGAACAAGCGUGGCGGCCGUAUUGUGCUGCAGGACAUCGCAAAACCGGCCGUUACGGAAUGGUCAUCAGGGUUGGAAGCUAUGGAAACAGCCCUCAAGAUUGAGCGGGAAGUGAAUGACUCGUUGCUCGAGCUGCACAGAAUUGCCACCUCAAAAGAUGAUGCCCAGUUCUGUGACUUUCUGGAGUGUAAGUAUUAUUCUCCCCACCAAGUUUUUUUUUCAUGUUCUACAACCCUUUGUCCGUGUUAGCUUAUAAGCCCCACCGGGCCAUUUUUCUUCCAUAAUUAUCGGCACCAGUGUAUCUAUAUAAGUUCGCACCUCCGCCAGCCACUUUACACGUAAAAGUCGCUCAUUUAGGCACUGAGAGUUGUUCGAUGCUGUGCCACCAUCGUACACUACUUCAACGGCGCGACAUGCUCAAAUUGCUGACUCGGUCUUUCGUCACUCGGGCUACGCAUAUGGGCAACCUUGUUAGGUGGCCGGACUACCUGGGUACUUGUUCCUGUUUGCCCGGGGCCCUAUGGAGUAUAGUAUCUUGCUGGCGUCCCAUGAAUCCUUCUUGAUAGUUGCUUGCGUAAAUUACCAAGCGUGUCUGUUGUCAUGUCUAAUCAGUUUUGACGCGUUUUAGCUGAAUACCUUAAGGAGCAAGUGGAUUCCAUCAAACAGAUUUCCGGGUACGUCACCAACCUCCGGAAUGUUGGCCCAGGUCUUGGCGAAUAUAUUUUCGACAAGGAGACGCUGCAUGGCGAAGAUGACUGA